AUGGCGAAGCGGAUACAGGGCAAGCAUAUCAAACACAGCCCCAAUGUGAAACUACAAACGGAAACGCAGUUUGCGUCGGCUUUUUACGUGAAAUCAUCGACACCGUACAUAUCGGCAAUCAAGAAAAUCACCAAGCAACUAAACAAGUUUCUGAAAACCACCGGCGUCAAGAAAUACAACAAUGACCAGUAUAAGAAGAUCCAGUACAUCACAGUGAAAGGGAUGGGGAGGACAAUCGAGAGGACGUUGAAGAUCGCCAUGAGGUUUCAAGACUUGGACUACCGCGUCGAUAUCUUGACUGGCAGCGUGCAAGUCUUGGACGAGUUUGAAAUAGACGCAUGCGCCAAAGACGGCGAUGAGGAAAGAGAGUACCGCAAACGCAUGGUCAGCUCAAUCGAAGCACGAAUAUGGCUCAAACGAGAAUAA